CAGAAAAUGGCCUUCUGUGCCGCUCGCACCUGUAACUGGCAGCUGCACCAAGCUGGUCAAGGCACGAGCUUCGUCCCGGGUGAUGAAGGCCAUAAUGCAGGCGGCUGGCCGCAUCCUGGUCGGCACCCAACCAUGCUCUGGCAUAAGGAUUCAUCGAGACGCCAAGCUGAAAUGACGAAGUCAAUGCUUACAGAUUGUGAAAUGCCAAUGUGGCCCUCACGGAGCUCACAUUGCUGGUCGGGCAACACGUCAAGGGGCACGCUUGGAUACAGCACAGAUUGUGGACGAUUAGGCUCCGGAGAGAAGACAGCAACAUUCAUGAGAAGAAAGAAGAGGCAGGUCAGCUUGCCACGUGCAACGCUGGGGCAAGCAGAACUCGCAGAGAUUGCCCGGAUCCCUGAGGUUGUGACCGCAUCCUGGGAGCUGCUCAGGGCGUUCGACAAAAACGAUGCUCGAGGGGAGUCGCAGCCAUCCCUGGCUACGGAAGAGAGCCGCGCUGCGCUCAGAGACGCAGUGCUUGUCGCCAGUCGUGCGGCAGAAAUCAACGAGCAGGCGUCUCCCUUACUGGGCAUCUGUGCGUCGAGUGUGGCUGACGGAGUGCGUGCUUUGCGGGAGUGGACGGCCGCCCUGAACACCACCAUGAGCAUGCCGGUCAGCAAGGAAGACGGUCAAGCAGACAUCACCAAAAUCGACACGCCGGUGUACAUAAAGUACAACGCACGGUCGCUGUUUUGCUACCUGACGCAGUACACCGGAAAAUACCGGGGCGUCAUUGUGCAGUUGGGACAACAACAAGUCGGCCACCUACCGCUUUCAUUGUUCCAAGACCAGUAGAAAGACAGGAUCGAACUUGACUAUUAAGUCCUUCUCCGAUGACUAUAACUGUCGCUCUCGCAGCCUGCAAAAGGUUGGUCAUGUGCAUUCAUGUAGUGACUUUUUCAACGCUUGCAGGGUAGCAUUACUCCUUGAUUGCCGAGGGGAUCGAAAGAAAUGAUUCACCGCUAAGUGCAUCUGUUCUGACAUCCAACAGACUGGACAGCUAGACGCGUCACCUGCGUCCAGCAAAUGCCAG